AUGUUGCCGUGGCACUCUGGCCUUCGUGAUCCUGCCGCGCUGGCUGACUUACUCCUGGAUCCUCGGAUCGACGUUCGCCUCAUCCGCGGCACGUACCUCGAGAAGCUACACCAGGCGAAACAGACGGUGAUCCGGCGCCAGGAGAUCGAGACAGAAACUGAUGCAGUGGUUACGCCUGAGGAGCUGCUGCGAUGGAAAACGGACGAAGGCUUCCGGCGCAGAGUGCGGAUCAUCGGUGUCUCGCAUGUUUGGGAGACAAUGGAGCAUCCCGACCCGACGGGGCAUCAGCUGGGCAUGCUGGUGAACGCAAGACUGUGGCCUGACAAGUGGUCAUGGUAUUUUUUCGACUACAUGUCCAUCUACCAGUUCUAUCGGGGAUAUCAGUACAGCCGCCAGCAGCGAUGCUUCGAUGCUGCAAUGCUGCAUAUGCAUUUCUUUUACGCCCACGAGCACACCUACACCUACUGCAUUGAGAGCUUGACGCCGCCGGACCAGAUCGAUGGGGACCGCAAGAUCGAGGUGUUCUUCACACCGGAUGGAAGGGGAGAGUCUGGACAAGUGCAAACCGUGGCGGUGAAAGACCUCAUGCCAAAUGCCACUCCUGCCAACGAGCGGGGAUGGCUGGAGGCCGAGAUGCAGUGGUCCAGCAUGCGAAGCAACACCAAGAGAACCUACAUACUUCACAGUGAUCCAUCGGUUGCUUGGAGCAGGGCUCCCAUGCAGCCUGAUCUCUUUAUCCAGAAGGUGGUGCGGAAAGAGCUCAAAUUCUCUAGCAGGCAGUGCCGCCAUCAAAUUGUGCAACUGCACCAGAGAGUCUUCACAGAAAAAGCGGCGCAUUGCGAGUCGUUGAGUUUAGCCACGUUGCCCGCGGGCCAGGUGGCUGUUCUUUGCCACGCCUUGCCAUCGUAUCAGAGACUACAGAUCUUGGUUGUGACGGACAGCUGCCUUGAGAAAGAAGAUGCAGAAGACCUGGGAGAAGUGCUGCGUGUGGGGUUACAGGGCUUGCAAGCUUUGAAGCUGGUAGGAAACCGCAUGGACAGCACUGCGUUGACCGCCAUCGCAGAGGGGUUGAAAGGGAACCAGUCGAUCUCGCAGGUUGACCUUUCAUCUUCGAUGCUUGGCGACAAGCCAGCCAGAGCCCUGGCGGAUUUGCUGAAGCAACCGGGCAGCCCAUUGCAGAGUUUGAAUCUCUCGCACAACGCGAUCGAAGCGGACGGUGCCAGGGCUUUGGCUGAAGCAUUGCUUGAGAAUCAGCGCUUGGAGAAGCUCGCCAUGAACCACAACUACCUGGCAGAUGCUGGAGCGCUGGCCUUUGCUGAUGCCCUCCUAACAGGGCGGGUUGCGUUGAAGUACUUGCACCUGGACCACAAUGACAUCGGAGACGUGGGCUCGCGCGCGAUCAAUCAGGCGCUGCUGAGGGCGUGGAUUCGCGGCAUGCGGCAGUUCUUCAUCAGCUUGGAGCCGUAUGGGAAGCGGGACCUGUUCCGGACGCAGGUCUUCGUUCUCGCACUCGCCUUCCUUCCUCAAGGGGUUUGCUAUUGUGGCUAUGCCUUCCUGGCAUUCAAAGAUGUAGAUUCCACGAGAAUGCGGCUCCUCGCUGCCGAUUUAUCCGCAGUGAUGCAACAAGCCAAAAAGAUGCUCCAUAAUAUUUUUCACCCCUCCAUGCAGCACGGGUUUUCCAAUACUUCCAGAGUUCUGGUGGGGCAGACAGGGGUCAUCCUGGUGUCUGAAGCUGGGUGGGCAGAUUUUCUUGACUUGUGGAUCCUUAUUCCAGUGUUCUGUAUCGACAUUCUUUGUGUCCGUGCGGGCGCUUGGAGUGGUUUUCUCAAAUUGACAUGGCCAAUGGGCGCGAUUUGUGUCUGGUUUUUUUAUGGGACGAGUGAUUAUAAUUCUGUGUCGGAUAGCCCCUUCCCUCUUAAUGUGUUUUAUGCUUUCAUUUAUUUGCCCAUGUGGGCUUGCCUGGUGGUGGAUUUCGACCCGUGGACCGGGAUUUCUAUGCCAAUUUACAACAGGGCACAAAAGAUGGUGACCUCGCAGCCAGCACGUGCACUCAUUGCGCUUAUGGCCUGGAACUUCUGCAUUGCGCUCUAUACUUGCCGCCGGCAACACUGGGCACGUAUGAAUCAGGUCAUGAUCGCAGUGACGCUUGUCGAAGCCAUCGUAGGUUCCUACCUCGCCUGGAACAGCAGCCCUGCCCUGCGAGCUUCUAUCCGCCUUCGCUUCCGCAAGCUUUGUGCCCGUCGAAAAGGCCUUUGCGGUGGACGGCGGCUGCGUGACGAUUCCAACCUACUCAAAGUGGUCUGA